AUGGAGAGUGCGCUGAAGCAUCAUGCUUUGGGCGGCACGCCGUCACCCAAGCCCGAUGUUGGCAUCAAUAUCACGUUUCUCAUACUUUUCACGAUAUGUGGGGUGGUGCACUUUGAGACAUUUUGGCGAAACAAGAAGCAAGAAAGGCUGUUCGUUUUCAACGCCGCAACGACAGUAUUCUGCCUCACGCGUGUCUUCGCCACUUCUUUACGUGUCGGAUGGGCAUACGAUCCCACGAACGUCAGUCUCGCAGCAUCUUCUCACGCCUUCGUCUUCCUGGGAACUAUCAUCUUGAUCAUUUGCAACCUCUGGUGGUCGCAGCGCAUUCUUCGAGCGCAACACCCGCACUUCGGCUGGACCGUUGUACCGACUUUCACUAUCCCGAUUAUAGUCGGACUCAGCAUUUUCACGAUAUCUCUUUUGAUCACGAGCACUUGUCUCGAUUUCUAUACCGAUGCUGAAGGAGCACAAGAUGCAGCACUUGGCAUUCGGCAAUAUGGCGCUGUGCUCUUUGCGAUGUUCGCAUUUCUGCCUCUUCCGAUCCUGCUGGCUUCUGCGCUGGCGAAAACACACCCGGAUCUUAGGGAUCGCGCUGAGGAUAACUUUGGACGACACUCGAUUAUUCGCAAGAUUCUGGUUUGUCUGACUACUGCCGCUUUGCUCUUCACUGGCGCGCUUUUCCGAGCAGUCACCAGCUUCGCUCCUCAGACUGGAGUCGAAAUGCCCGCUCCUUGGUACUUUUCUAAGGCUUGUUUCUACAUUUUCAACUUCACUCUGGAAAUCCUUGUCAUCAUCUUCUGGAUGGUCAUCCGUGUCGACAAGCUCUUCAUCAUCCCCAACGGCGCCUGGGGACCACAAUCCUAUGGCGAGGGAUUCAUCUCCUACGGCGAGUCAGCACAUCAACACCCAGCCAUGGCUCACUACGGCCGCGAACGCCUUGCCCAACCACAUCACGGCUUCGACAUCCAAUCCACCCGCAGCAGCACCAUCCCGCCACCAUCCCGAAUGGGCUCCUGGGGAAGCGCAAGACGCUACAUGUGCCGUUCCCCCUCCCUCCGCACUUCCCCACGCAUGGACCAAACCUCAACCUGGGACAGCGUUUCCCAAACCUGGGCCGGAACCUCUCACACCCGCGUCGACUCCGCCUGGGGAGGCGACAGCCGCUCAGGAGUCGCCCACACAAACACAAAAGAAAGCCUCGACCUCUCCCGUCCUCCCUGUGUCCGCUGCGCAAAUUGCGGAAACCACGAAGAUAUUAGCAGUUUCAACGGAGUUGCUUAUAAACAAAUGCCCGAAAUGGGAUUUGAUCCUCGGACGGGACGCUGGGUUCGACGACAGAUGAGUUUGAGUGGGCCGAGUGUUUCGCAGUAUUCUGUACGAGAGACUCUGAGGCCGCAGAGUACGAUUGAUUCGAGAAUGUCGGAGGAUGCUUCGCCCGGGUCGUUUUUUUCGGAGCGUUGGCAGCAGAGAUGA